CAUUGCUACCAGUCGCUCGUCAACCGUGAAUCUUGGUACUUAUGUUUACGGCCUACCCUUCUAGUACUCUGAGUAACCGCUAAUAUUUAUUUACCAAGAAAAAAAUUGUUUGUGUUCAUAUGUAUGACAUUAAUUACAUUUACAAUUGUAUACAAUCGCGAUUGUUGAUACUUCAUAAUUGUGCGUAGCCUUAAAGUGAGUGCGGUAUUUAGUAAAUCAUUAGUUUACUCAAAACUCGUGCUCUUUGUCGUCCCUCCGACAAGGGACUUGACGUUGCAACGACCACAUAUUUGUGUUCGUUUUGUAGCUAGUCUUUUACCAUGAAUGACUCCACUUCAUCAAAAAAUGAAGCAGUGUUGAAAAGAAAAAGACAUAAUUCGGAAAGUUAUCUUCAAAAUGUAGGAAUGUUAAACAAAAGAAUGAGACUGGAGCAUAGUCCAGUUGAGUUACCAAAUAUUCUUUCUAGAUCUAAACUGCAUAGUAUAUCUCAGCCCUUACCAUUGGAAGGAGCAGAAUAUCAAUCUUUUUCUAAUUUACGGAAUACAAGAGUACGAGCUGAAUCAGAUUCAUAUCAAUUGAAUACUAACUCAGAAAACAAUGAAACUUUUCAAUAUUUAAUGAACAGUAAUAAUGGAAGUUUGGAAAGAAGGCCGUUGUCAGAAUUACAAGUGUUGUCUCCUGAUUCAAACUCUACCCAUCAUUCUGAUGAUAGGUCUGAAACAGAUGUUAGUAGCCCUACUCUAAGUGAUCCUACUCCAUUAUUGUCUGAUAAUGAACUAAGCCCUGACUGUAUUAACAGCUCUGAACCAAAGAAAAAUGUUGAAAAUGAUCCCCCAGCUUAUGUACCAACUCCUCGUUCAUCAACAUUUGAAAAUUAUGGAAGUAACAUGUUCAUUUCAUGGAGCAGAUUCAGGGAUAUGGCUAUUAACCACAAGCCAAUACCACUAAAUGAGAGACCAUGUCCUUUACCUGAGAUACCUUGGGGCAAACGUGCAGCUUAUUGGCAGAUGUUAUGUGAUCGAGAUGCUGCUACACUUACUUAUAGAAAUCCUGAUUUUCCAGAAUAUCAAGAGUUUAUUAUGCCUCGAAUGAGAGCAAUUUUACUAGAUUGGUUAAUUGAAGUAUCAUCUGUUUAUAAACUACAUAGAGAAACAUACUAUUUGGCCAUGGAUUAUUUAGAUAGAUAUCUUUCAAACAGUGAUUCCAUUCCAAAACAAAAAUUACAACUCAUAGGAAUCACUUGUUUAUUCAUGGCAGCUAAAAUGGAAGAGAUAUAUCCACCAAAAUUAGCUGAAUUUGCUUAUGUUACUGAUGGAGCUUGUACUGAUUCAGAUCUUUUGGAUAUGGAAAAAAUUCUAUUGAUGAACUUGCAUUUUCGUUUAACUCCUAUAUCUAUUAACUACUGGGUUGAAUUAAUGUUGCAAUUCAUCUGUGUUGAUGAUAGUGCUGCUGAAGAUAGUCUUACUUUACCACAGUUUCCACAGAAUCUUUUCAAUCAAGUAUCUCAUCUUUUAGAUUUGGCAUCAUUAGAUUCCAAUAGUUUACGUUAUUCCUAUAGUGAACUAGCAGCAUCUGCCCUUACAAUAGUUCUCAAUAAAAAAAUUGCUCUCACAAUUUCUGGUCUAUCUGAAGGAAAUGUUAGUAAUUGUGUUGAAUGGAUGUCAGUUUACUGGAGUGUAAUUCUUGAAGAAUACCAAUAUGAAGAAAUUGAUUUUGAAGGAGAUUCUGAACAAGUUGAUGGUACUCAUGUCAAACAGCAACAUUUAGUCAGUAUGGAUAUGUAUGAUUUGGCUCAAAGCAGAUUUGAGUUGAUUCAACAAUCUAGAAUUAACAAAGGACCUGUCACACCUACAAAUCUACUCACACCACCUUGGAGUGGCAAAAAAAAACCAGUGCACUCUGAUGAUUGUAAACCAUCAUGUAGUUAUAAGUAAACAAGUGUGCAUCAACUGCCACUAUCAGUGAGAUUAUUUUUAUUAAAAUGUAUGCCCUUACAAUAAGUAUUGAAUUCAAUUUUAAUUUCUAUGCUAACACAGACGUCAAGCAUUUUAUUACAAAAUAUUUCAAGUUGUCUUGAUGACCUUUGUUUUUAUUGAAAUGUGCAAUAUUAAUAUUCUUUUAAAGUGUUUUGAUAUAGUUGAUUCUUAAACAAAAACACAUUAUAUCAAAAGAGAAUCUGUAAACAUAUUGUAGAUAAUUGACUAUUUAUGAAGUGAUCUCUUGUAAAAAAUGUAACUUUCAAAAAAAUCAAUCUAGUUUGAUUUAGUUGGUGUUCCUUUUUAACAAAAUUAAUUUAUCAAGAAUUACUGUUAUUUAUGCAA